AGAGCCUCGAAUGUCUAUCUGUUGCAGAUCCGAGAUGCGUGCAAGGACCUCGUUCUCACGGACGAGCAGCUCCGGAUGCUCAUGGCAAAUCUCACGGCGGAGAUCAAUCGGGGCCUGUCCAAGGAGACCCACGACGAGGCCAUCGUCCGGUGCUACACCACCUACGUGCAGGACUUGCCCAACGGAACAGAGAAGGGCAACUUCCUCGCCCUCGACCUGGGCGGCACCAACUUCCGGGUCCUCCUGAUCACCCUAGACGGCCAAAACUUCGACAUGAAGAGCAAGAUCUACGCGAUACCCCAGAGCUUGAUGCUGGGCACCGGCAGGCAGCUCUUUGACCACAUCGCCCAGUGUCUCGCCCUCUUCGUCAAGGACCUCAAACUCGAGCAAGAGAUCCUCCCCCUGGGCUUCACCUUCAGCUUUCCCCUGACCCAGCAGGGCCUCACCAAGGGCCUGCUCGUCAGGUGGACCAAGGGCUUCAACUGCAGCGGCGUCGUCAACGAGGACGUCGUCGGUCUCCUCGAGGAAGCCAUCGCCAGACGAAAUGACGUGAAAAUCGACGUAUGCGCCAUACUGAACGACACCACCGGCACUCUCAUGUCCUGCGCUUGGAAAAACAAAAACUGCCGCAUCGGCCUCAUUCUUGGUACGGGGAGUAACGCGUGCUACGUGGAGAAAACGGAGAAGGUCGAGUGCGCCCUGCCUGGGCAGCACUACCCGGAGAAGCCGCACAUGCUGAUAAACACGGAAUGGGGGGCGUUCGGCGAGCGCGGCACCCUUGACUUCCUCGUCACGGAAUUCGACCGGGACAUCGACGACAACUCGAUCAAUCCCAAGACACAGAUAUUCGAGAAGAUGAUAUCGGGCAUGUACAUGGGCGAGCUCGCCAGGCUGGUCCUCGAAAAACUCACCAACGAGGGAUUCCUCUUCAACGGCAAGGGCUCCUGCGACCUCAGGAAGCGCGGCAAAUUCUUCACCAAAUACGUCUCGGAGAUCGAAUCGGAUCCAAAGGGAAAGUACACCAAUUGCCGGGAAAUCCUGGGUGAGCUGGGAAUCAGGAAUCCCACGGAUCAGGACUGCGAGAACGUGCGGUACGUGUGCUCGGUGGUGUCGAGGCGGGCGGCGCACUUGGCCUCGGCCGGCAUAGCCGCCCUGCUCGUCAAGAUGGGCGAGAACAACGUCACCGUCGGCGUCGACGGCUCCGUCUACAGAUUCCAUCCCCACUUCCACGAUCUCAUGGUCGAGAAGAUCGGCUCGCUUCAGUCGUACAAGUUCGACCUGAUGCUCUCGGAGGACGGUAGCGGUCGCGGCGCGGCGUUGGUUGCCGCGGUGGCUUCGCAAAAGCGGUGAAGUCAGUCGGCUGUAGUCUCGCACGCGUUAUCACUCCUUAAUCACGCAACUCUUACUUAAUAAUGCAAAUAAUCUUGUAUAAAUUUAUCUAUCGAGCAUUGAGAAAGAAAACAACAAAAACAACAAAAAAUAAAUGAAAAAUAACAAAAAAAAA